UGUGUGAACUUGAUAACUGCCUGAAUUGAUAAAUAACCCUCCGUAUGCUGUCGGUGACACACACUCUCACUCACACACACACACAUACACACACACACACACUCGGGUGCAAACAGGGAUUUCAGGAGAUCUUGUGUGUUUGAAGAUGUUUGAAGAUGUUUCUUCCUCGCUGCCUCGUUCUGUUCUUUAAUCCGUUUUCCCACGUGAUGCUCUUUAAAGCUGAAAAUGUUUAAUUGUUUGUUUGUGCACUGAUGCAAAUAACGACUUCUUUGUCCUCCAGAGUUAAUGUGUUGUGAGGAGCUUCAUGCUGUUCUCCACCUGGUGCUGCAGGCCGGAAACCUCCUCAACGCUGGAGGUUAUGCAGGAAACGCAGUGGGUUUCAAGCUGUCGUCCCUUCUGUCUCUGGCCGACACCAAGGCCAACAAACCGGGCAUGAACCUGCUGCACUUUGUCGCUCUGGAAGCACAGAAGAAAGACACCAAGCUGCUGGAGUUCCCACUGAAGUUGAAUCACGUCCAGCCUGCCUCCAGGAUCUCUUUGGAGACGCUGGACGCUGAACUUCAGUGGCAGACGUCUCGCACGCGCUCAGUAGAGGAGAACGUCCAGAGAGACACGGAGCUGUUGCAGCAGCUGGACGGCUUCCUGCAGUCGGCCACCUCGUCUCUCAGCUCGCUGCACGACGCUCGGCAGCAUCUGAAGAAGGAAGGCAGCGAGCUGAUCGAUUUCUUCUGCGAAGACAAAGAGACGUUCAGGCUGGACGACUGCUUCAGCAUCUUCAACAGCUUCUGCUCCAGGUUCACCGGCGCGGUCAAGGAGAACAUUGAGCGGGAGGCCAAGGAGGCGGCCCGUCGCCGGAGGUUACAGGAUCUGGAGGAGCAGAAGAGGCACUCGUGGGCCGGCAGCGAGGAGGUGGACGGAGCGGUCGGGUUGCGGUGCCGCAGCGAGGCGGACAUGACGGCCGCCGUGUCGGCACACGACGACGCCCGGCUGCUGGUGGAGCUCCUGUCCCCGAAGUUCGGCUCUCGCUCGCUCUUCAACAACUCCCACAAUUCUCUGCGACGCUCAGGGAGCUCGCGGCGCUCCAGGAACUCGCUGUUGGUUGUCGCCGCUGACCGCGAACUGAGCACGCUCCUGGGGUUGGCGAGCCCCGACCACAAAGAGGCGAGGACAGCUUUUCUAUCGGCCUCUCCCGAACGCAGACCACAAAGUCCGAGGGUCACGACAUGCAGCUUCCCCCAAAACCAGCAGCCUGAAGCGGGCCACAUGGCACCGCGACUGAACCAUACAACCGCCACCUACCUCAGCAACGAUGCUAAUAACGGCAUCGAUCCGGCAAAUGCAGUCAAAACUACCUCUGAUCCCAACCAGCAAUCGGACCACAACAACGGCAAAGAUCGACUCUGCGUCGGGGCGCUUUCGGACCCUAAAUAUGGUUCGAAGUCGGAACUUGUCAGAGUGAACAAAGCCGAUCAUAUUUUUAGUGGAAACAUGUCGAUGGUUGUAGAGAAAUGCACAUUGGUGCCUGAGCUGAAAGUGUUCGGCGAGGUCGCCGGCCGCCACGAAGGGCCUCACACCGCUCGGCAUUGUCGCAGAGACGAAGAGGACCGACCGGCCAAGAAGGUGCAGGAUGACUCCCAGAUUGGGAAUGCUGAAACAAAAGAGGAAGAGGAGGGAGGAGAGGAAAAGGUGGUCGUGUGGUGCGUGACGGGUGUGUGCGAGGCCGCCGGCGAGCUCGAGCACACCGACGACACACGAACUGAGCGGGACCAGCGUAGGAGCGACAAUCGGGGAGGGAGCCAGCAAGCUUCCUCUGCCCCAGCCAAUCGCACGCCUUCAGAACCUCAGCCGGCCAAUGAGAAGCCAGUGCCUGAACCCAUCAGCAGCCAACCGGUGCCUGUCCCCCGCCGCGACGAUCCAUCGCAUCCCGCCUCUUCGCCCAUGUGGCACCCAGCAGAGCCUGCGGCGGCCAAUGGGGCGUCCGUUGUCGGCGCAAGGGAAGCUAAAGGAACAGCCAAUCAAAGAGGAGAAGCGGAGGGCUCCACCAAUGAGAAGAGAGAUGUGGAGAUCGUCCCAACAGGUGACGGGAGAAGAAACAAAACUGCUUCCUGUCGCACAGAAGCAGCUUCUUCCACUAAAGGAAAAGCCGAAUCGGCAAAUUUGUCCAAAUUGUCCACCAAGAACCUCCCUACCUCUAAAACUCGACCCGCUGGGACGAAACCCGUCACCGCCGCAUUCGCCGCCAACAAAAGCAGGCCUCUCCGCACCCUCACGAGCACCGAGAACCAGAGCAUGAGGCGCGUCCUGCCCAUCUCCAGGACCAGCAGAGGCGCUCCAACUCCGGGCCAACAUCCCGAGAAGCCUCCCGGCCACCAGCGGGGCUCCUCCAGCGCUGCAGCGACCGCCGGUCCGACCGCCCACAACCUCAACGGCACCUCGUCGACCGCUCCGUCGUCCCGCCGCUCCAGCGUCCACAAGACGCCGGACCCCAAGAACUCAAAAGACCAGAAGGUUUCGGGUACUCAAGAGCAGAACCAGGACGUGCAAAGGAGGCCGUCCAUCCGAAAGCCGUUGGCGAAACCCAAACCUCCGCCGGAGGAGAAGAUGUGUCGCUCCACGCUGCGGUCGCUCUCUCAAGCAAGUGGAGGAGGAGGAAGCUUCAGUGCUCCUGUUACUCCUUCGCACAAAGCCGGUACCCCUUCGUCAUCGCCGCUUCCUGGUUUCGCCCGAAGCACUGCUUCUUCUUCUUUCAGACGAACCCUAACCCCGCUCACUCCUCCUCCUCCUCCUCCUCCUCAUCAUUCGCCCCACUCUGGCUCAAUCUCCUCCUUUAAAUCCUCCCUUAAGACCUCCUCUUCCUCUGCCGCUCCUUCCGGCACCAUCUCGCCUUUCACCCGAACCGGCUCUCUGAGAGUCUCCUCCACCUCCACGUCCUCCGACCUCCUCAAACCUUCCUCCUCCUCCUCCGCAUUGAGGUCUCAGAGCAUCAGGGCACCUCCUCGUUCGCCGCUCCACGACCCGCUGGUUCCCCCUAAAGGCCACCGGCGGAACGACAGCGGCACCUUCUCCGACAAGUCCUCCCACUCCAGGGACUCGGGCAAGUCCACCAGGCGGAGCUGGAGAUAACAGGAGGAAUAUGAGGCUGCGUUCCAACACGAAGUCUAAGUAACUCUUUCCUUCUGUAGUGGAGGUAAAGGACACAUUCCAAUGUGAAGAAUAGACUCCUGUUUAUGUAGGAAAGAAAGGAAGUUCUGCUGGAGGUUACAGUCCAAUAUGAAGCACAGACACUGUCGAGGUUGAGAUUAAUUUGUCUCCUACGCAUUCAAACUCAUGCUGGUGGUAGAAGGAUGUGUUCCACUUUGAAUCACUACACUAUAUCCACUUAGAGAGAUGGAGUCUGGUGGAAGAGAGCACAGAUAACUGCUUCAGUCCCGUGCUGCAGAAAGAGCUGCUGGACUUCACAAGCUGUCCCUCUAAAGGAUGAAGGACAUUCUCGCUUUGCCAAAUGAAACGCACUGAAACCGCUACUUGAUUAAACGAGUUAGUCGUUCGUUUCCACGUUAAUUGUUUGACUUAUUUGCACUCCAACAUGUAUAAACCCUCAGAACAAUGCAGUUAACUGUGAGCACUUUCCUUCCGGAAGUAAAAAUUAAGAUAAAUUCUUUCUUUUGAAGUCGCAAAGCUUCAUUCUCAGUUUGAUGAAACUUCACUAAGAACAGCAGCGGUACAGUAAAGACUCCAGACUACGUCACGAUUUAUAUAUUUUUAUAUUUUACUAAGAGCUAAAAGCUCACCACGCCUCCAGUCCUUAAAAAUCAUGCGUUGGCACCCAAUAAAUUGUUUUUUCAUGACGACUGUUUUGCAUUCUCAAAGAAGUAAAGCAUCAAAACAUGAAGUCUGUUUUCAAGGAAAGAUGAAAGAAGGAAAUAAAUGUCUGCAUCUAUAAAUGUGUCACAAGAGUUCCAUCAUUUCUGCCGUGUGUCUGAAUCUCCGCCCGAUUUAAACAAAAAACAACUUUAUUUUACGUCUUAAAUUAGCGUUAACUUCAACUAACCGAGCUGAGGAAUCUCUACAUGUGGCCUGAUUAAAGUAUAAAGUAUAUCAUUGUGUUUAAAUAUGAAGUUUAGAGACGAGGAGAUUUUCUAAAGCGUCUCUGAAGUCUGCAGUGCCAAGUUUGUUCAUAAGAGAAUAUAUGUAUGUUUGUUUCUCUAUUUAUGUACGUAUGAUGUCAAUAUUUGAUAUAUGUAUAAACAUCUACUAAAUAAUAAAAUAGUAUUCCUCCAA